CAGCAAUUUGCAUCCAACAACCGCGAAGAAGAAAUUCUAACAAACCCACCCACCCCCAAACUAGAAUCAAGGUAUGAACGUUUGAAGGUUGGUGGAAAGGACAACACAUGAACCACACAAGGCUUUAGGAAUGCCACCAAACAAUUUACACACACCAAACCCAACCAACCAACCAACCAACCAAAAGAGGUAGCAAACCAAACCAGAGGAGGAGAAGAUACAAGAGCUUAUCACUAUCUUCUACAACCUACCACCAUCUCUCUCCAAAAACCUUAGGAAAUGGAUCCCAAAACUCUGACCCAAGAGAACCCAGAAACCCAAACACCACCAGAAGACCAAAACCAGGUGGCCACUGUACCCUCCCAGAUUCUAGCCAGUUCGGCCUCAAUCUCACUUUCUCUCUCUACAAUCCUUCCCACCUUCUUCCUCAACCCACCUAAAAUCUCUUCCCUUCUUGCCUCUAACCCAAACAAAGUCAAGAUCCCCUCACAAAUCUCAUCCCUCUCUCACCUCUCUCUUUACGCCUCUCUAUCUCCUACAAAACCAUUCUUCAAAUCCACCAUCUUCUCAAACCCUCUACAAGAUUCUCUCACUUUGAACCCUCGUCGCCCUUCAGACCCUUCAAAUGCCGCAGGACUUCGCAGAGCUUCCAUCGUUUGGUUCCGAAACGAUCUUCGAAUCCAUGACAAUGAGACCCUCAAUUCAGCCAAUAACGAAUCCAUGUCUGUUUUGCCUGUGUACUGUUUUGACCCAAGAGACUAUGGAAAAUCGUCUUCCGGGUUCGAUAAAACCGGGCCGUACCGUGCUACAUUCUUGAUUGAAUCUGUUUCUGACCUUAGAAAGAAUUUACAGUCGAAAGGGUCUGAUCUUGUGGUCAGAAUUGGGAAGCCAGAGACGGUUUUGGUUGAAUUGGCCAGGGAAAUUGGGGCUGAUGCCGUGUAUGCUCACAGAGAAGUUUCACACGAUGAGGUAAAGGCGGAGGACAAGAUUGAGGCUGUGAUGAAGGAUGAGGGUGUGGAGUUGAAGUAUUUUUGGGGGAGUACAUUGUAUCAUGUUGAUGAUUUGCCCUUUAAAUUGGAAGAAAUGCCCACCAAUUAUGGUGGGUUUAGGGAAAAAGUGCAUGGUUUGGAGAUUAGGAAGACAAUCGAGGCGUUGGACCAAUUGAGAGGGUUGCCUGCAAGAGGGGAUGUGGAGACUGGAGAGAUUCCAUCUUUGGUGGAUUUGGGUCUGAAUCCAAGUGCAACAAUGGGUCAGGAGGGAAGACCGGCUGCUAAUGCUUCCCUUGUGGGAGGGGAGACUGAAGCCUUGCAGAGGCUUAGAAAAUUUACAGCUGAAUGCCAAGCACAACCACAUAAGGGUACCAAGGAUGGCAGCAAUGAUAGCAUAUAUGGUGCAAACUUCUCGUGCAAAAUCUCUCCAUGGCUUGCUAUGGGAUGCCUCUCUCCCCGUUCCAUGUUUGAUGAGCUGAAGAAGUCUACUUCCAGGAUAAUUUCUGCUGCCUCAAAGCCAAAAGAUGGUGGUAGUGAUCCAUCCGAUACUGGAAUGAACUGGUUGAUGUAUGAGUUGUUGUGGAGGGAUUUCUUCAGAUUCAUCACCAAGAAAUACAGUGCUGCAAAACAAAAUGCUGCUCCAGUCACAGCUUGUACCAGUGCCGUUGCUUGAGGAGGAAAUUUCAUCGGAAGAGAAAUGAAAAUACGUACUGAAAGAAGGUUUCCUUCAUGUGUUUCUGAUUUUUCAGCUUGGUAUCUUGUAGAUGUUGGAGUAGAGCUGUCCGAAAGUGAGUAGUUCGUCAAUGGACUUUUGUUCACUGUCAAAAUAACUACUGAAUAUUGAAGCUUUGUUUCAUCCGUGAGGAUGCCAGUGCGAAUGAGUGUUACACAUCUGUUACUUGUUCCAAAAAAACGAUAAAUAUAUCUUUUUGUUGUUGGGAUUGUUAAGAAAGGAUUAGUAUUUAUGUUGAUUACCUUGUUCCGUUUACAGGAUGAAAAUC